AUGGCUUCCACACCGUCGCCACCAAUGUCAGUGAACCCCGGUCGCAUUCGAACCUUGAAAGAAGGUUCUGGAAAAACCGGCCCCGUCGUGUACUGGAUGUUCAGAGAUCAACGGUUGAAAGACAACUGGGCUCUCAUCCACGCCGUUCAUCAAGCCAACAAAUCCAACGUUCCAGUAGCCAUUGUUUUCAAUCUCUUCAACAGUUUUAUUGGCGCAAAGGCUCGUCAUUUAGGGUUUAUGCUCAGGGGUUUGCGCCAAUUGUGUCACCAACUUCAACACACUCUUCAAAUCCCCUUUUUCUUGUUUCAGGGUGAGGCUGAGGAAACUGUAUCGAAAUUUGUUAGAGAAUGUGGAGCGUCUCUUUUGGUGACAGAUAUGUCACCAUUAAGAGAAUUGAAGAAAUGCAAAGCUGAGAUUUGUGAGAGGGUUGGUGAUUUGGUUACUGUUCAUGAAGUUGAUGCUCACAAUAUUGUGCCUCUUUGGGUAGCUUCUGAGAAAUUGGAGUAUAGUGCUAGAACAUUAAGGGGGAAGAUAAACAAAAAGCUUCCUGAAUAUCUUGUUGAUUUUCCCAUUAUUGAACCACCAACUACGAAAUGGGUCAAUACUGAGGAUCAUACUAUAGACUGGGAUGAUAUUAUUGCUCAAGUACUAAGGAGGGGAGCCGAGGUUCCUGAAGUUAGUUGGUGUGAGCCUGGAGAAAUUGCUGCUAUGGAAGUAUUGAUGGGAAGUAAGAAUGGAUUCUUAAGUAAAAGGUUGAGAAGUUAUUCAACCGAUCGCAAUAACCCUUGUAAACCAACUGCACUUUCGGGUUUAUCUCCUUAUUUGCAUUUCGGACAGAUAUCUGCUCAAAGAUGUGCUUUAGAAGCUCGUAAAUUAAGAGCUUCACAUCCUCAGGCUGUUGAUACUUUCCUGGAGGAGUUGAUUGUCAGGAGAGAACUUGCUGAUAACUUUUGCUUCUAUCAACUUCAUUAUGAUUCACUAAAAGGAGCCUGGGAGUGGGCUCGUAAAACCUUACUCGAUCAUGCCUCGGAUAAGAGAGAACAUGUUUACACGAGGGAGCAGUUGGAGAAAGCUAAGACUGCUGAUCCUCUCUGGAAUGCUUCCCAACUGGAGAUGGUUCACUAUGGGAAAAUGCAUGGUUUUAUGAGAAUGUAUUGGGCAAAGAAGAUUCUUGAAUGGACAAAAGGACCUGAAGAAGCACUUGAGAUAUGUAUAUAUUUAAAUGAUAAGUAUGAAAUGGAUGGGAGGGAUCCAAGUGGUUAUGUUGGCUGCAUGUGGUCUAUAUGUGGAGUGCAUGAUCAGGGUUGGCGAGAGCGUCCCAUUUUCGGGAAAAUUCGGUACAUGAAUUACAAAGGUUGCAAAAGAAAAUUUGAUGUUGACAAAUACAUUGCAUAUGUUAAUAAAUUAGUCGGUGAGCUCAGAAAGAGAAAGGCAGAACAUUUAUUGUCUGAGAAGGAGAAAGUACUUCGCCGUUCUUAUCCUGAGGAUUGA